AUGGCGACUCUCCCAGAGACCCAGACAUCCAUUGUCGGCCUAGAGGACGGCAAUGUUGGCAUCUCGCCCGGCAUCCCCCUCCCGCGGCUCGAGGACGACAUGAUCCUGGUCAAGACCGCGGCAGUGGGUGUCAAUCCGGUGGAUACCAAGAUGGUGGGCCCGUUGUGUACCCAAGGUGCUGUGGCUGGUAUGGACUUUGCGGGCGACGUGGUCGCUGUUGGGCCCAACGCCAAGGCAUCUGUUCCUCUUGCGGUGGGAGACAGGGUCUGCGGUGCCGUUCAGGGUAUGAACCCGACCGGCCCUCGCGUCGGCGCCUUCACUCACUACGUCGGCGCCACGGCACAUGUUCUGAUCAAGCUGCCGCCCAACUUGACCUACGAACAAGGCGCCUCACUGGGCAGUGGCUUGGGCACCAUUGGCCUAGCACUGAAAAAGCUUGAUCUACCGGGGCUGCCCUAUGAACCGGCGCAGAAGCCACGACACGUGCUCAUCUACGGCGGCAGCUCAGCUACUGGCACGCUGGCCAUCCAGCUGGUGAAGCUAGCGGGAUUCAAGCCCAUCACCACAUGCUCGCCUCGGAACUUUGACCUCGUCAAGUCCUACGGCGCCGAGGAGGCAUUCGACUACAAUGCCAAGGACUGCGCCGCAGACAUCAAGGCCUACACCAAGAACUCUCUCAAGUAUGUGCUCGACUGCAUCUCGGAACCCGAGACGAUGCAGUUCUGUUAUCAGUGCAUCGGGAGACUGGGAGGGCGCUACGUAGCUUUGGAGCCCUUCCACCCCAGUCUGCACACCAGGGCAAACGUGCACCCGGACUGGGUCCUGGGCCCCACGAUGAUAGGGAAACCAAUCUCCUGGAGACCCCCUUUCGAGCGGGCCGCGGACCCGGAGGUCCUAGAGUAUGCUUUGAGGUGGUACAAGAUAGCACAGAGAUUGAUCGAUAAUGGAGAGCUGAAGACGCACCCUCUGCAAGUCAUGGAUGGCGGGCUGGGUGGGGUAUUGGAAGGGAUGGAGUUACUCAAGGCCAAGAAGAUUUCGGGUAAGAAGCUUGUGUAUCUUACCGGUGCUUGA